GAGGAAGAAUCGAUCAGUGCAAAUAUGUCAGGUUUAUCGACCAGAGAACGUGUUGGACUCAAAAAGAUACUAGACUCAAUGGAAACUUGUGACUUAUUGUCACUCAAUGAUACCGUUACGAAUAGGCUGAUAAGGGUGGAAAACGUUGCAGAGGCAAAAGAAGCCAUUCUGUCCUUCUCUAAAAAUGCAGAAGAGCUUCUGAAGAGAAGGAAGGUUCAGCGGGACCUUAUAUUUAAGUACCUAGUCAGUGAAGGAGUGAAAAUGCUCCCGAGCAGCGAUAAACACCAGCUGGUCACAAGAACACUGGAGCUGUGGUCUUCAGACAUGGCACCUGUAAAAGCUUUGAGGCCCCCCAAACAACCCCAGGCAACCCCUGCUGCCAGUGACUUAAAAGCAGAGGUGGGCUUUGAUCCUCUGGUUAUGGGUCAGCAUUUCUGCAAUUGGUUCUUUCCAAUGCUGAACAGUCAGAACCCCUCACUGAAGCAAGAACCUCAAGAUUGGGGACCGCAACAUUUCUGGCCAGAUGCAAAACUUUCUCUGGUUUCUAGAGUUACUGAUGAAAACUUUGAAGAGCUUCUGGGUGCUGAGCUGACCAGCCUCCGACUCUUAUCCCUAACCAGAGAUGAGCGCCUCUUUUUGAGUCCUAACCUGCAGCCUCAUGGCCUGAAGGCCCUGGCCUCCCCGCACGGCUUGGUGCUGGUGGCAGUGGCCGGUACCAUUCACAGAGACACGGCCUGUUUGGGCAUUUUUGAGCAAACAUUUGGCCUCAUCCGCUCGCCUUUGGAAGGAAAUAGCUGGAAAAUAAAGUUCGUCAACCUAAAGAUCAGAAGACAGAAUGCUCUGGAAGGGAUGGAUGUGUCAGCACCAGCUCUGAACUACAACUCUACUGAACUCCAGCAAUUUCGCAGCUUAAGAUAAAUAAAAAAAAUGACUUUCUUGCAUGA